AUGAUAAUCAGUGUAGUCGCUAACCGACAGCUUAAUGGAUAUACAACUUAUGUCAGCGUUCAAGGUUAGUCAAUGGGCUGCCAAACUACUACAACAUUCAAUUUACACUUACAUCAUUAUACAAACUUUUCUCAUGAGACCAUCAGACACUUUAAACUGUACCCAGCCCACCGCAGACUCUCUCUUAAAUGCCUUGAGAGCAAGUGUCUUCAACCAAACCGAUGCACGGCCUGUGAUUGAUCCAAAGACUCCUACUACAAUAAAUUUGGGGUUUACUUUGUAUGCCAUUUUAGACGUGGAUGAAAAAGCUCAAAUCUUGGACACAUAUCUCUGGCUGUGGUUUGGUUGGCAGAUUGAAGGUCUGAGCUGGGAUCCGGUUGAAUGUGGAACAGAAAGAAUCACGCUGCCGAGAAAAAAACUCUGGCGUCCUGAUCUUAUCAUCAAUGAAUUCAUGGAUGAAAACCGAGUCCCAGACACCUAUUAUCUUACUCUAUUCAACACUGGCACAGCUGUAGAUGGGCUUCCUUACCACGUGAUCAGUGCCUGUAACCUGGACAUCUACAACUUUCCAUUUGAUGUUCAGAACUGCACAUACACAUUCAGUUCGUACAAACUCACGAGGAGAGACAUCCUGUUAACAUCAGAUCCCGUGGAAGAUACGUUGGCGAGCUCUUUUCGUAACAUGGAGACUAAAGGAGAGUGGGAACUUAUUGACAUAUUGUCUAGCAAACCGAAAAACGCCACGUAUUUUAACUUGGAUGGGUUGGACAGCUGGGAUGAAAUUGCUUACCAUAUUGUCCUGAGACGUCGACCGACUCAGUAUGUGGUGAAUCUGUUGAUCCCCAGUUACUGCUUGAUUACCGUUGAUGUGUUCAGUUUUCUUCUGCCGCCUCAGCAUGUGGAUCGAUCCGCAUUUAAAAUGACCCUGAUCCUGGGAUACACCGUCUUUCUCCUCCUGAUGAACAAUCUGCUCCCUGUUACAGGAAACACCAUCCCUAUAAUAAAUGUGUUCUUCUCUCUGUGUUUGACAUUGAUGGUUGCUAGUCUGUUGGAAUCAAUUCUCAUCACUAAUUUACUGUGCGGCUCAGCUAACUAUCCGCCUGUUCCAAACUGGGUCAAGGUCAUUUUCCUGCAUUACCUGGCACGAUUUGUUGGUUUGAGCAAGAAAUCUUCAGACCAAAAUUAUGUCACUCAAAUAAAAACUACUGACAUCACUUCCAGUUCACCUGAGAAAGAAAUGAAUAAAAUCCGACUUCAAGACCAGAAAUUACCAAUAAACAUGGAAGAAGAACUGACUGAACUGAGUGUAAUACAUGAAAAUGUGCUCACCAUUCGCCAGCAUGUUGAUAAGCAUCUCUCUAGUGAUCAAAAGUCAAAUGAAUGGAUUCACCUGGGGGAGGUCAUCGAUCGAUUUAUUUUCAUUUUAUAUGUCAUCUUCCUUUCUGUCAGUUUCGGUACCAUAUUAUUCUUUUGGUUUUACUGGUACAGUUUUGGAAAAAAAACUAAAUAGUCUAUGAUUUGCAUAAAUAUAUUUAAUUACAGUCGAAAACAUUUAUUGAAAUGUCAU